AUGGGGGAGAGGGGACGCGGGGGACGGCGGAAGCGGAUGGGCGGGAGGGAGGGGAGGAAGGCGUUUGUUGAUGGAGAGGCGGAUGGGGAGAGGGAGGAGGGGGAGGAGGGAGGAGGAGAGGAAGAGGGGGAGGUGGAAGAAGAGGAGAUGGAUGAUGGUAGUGAAGGGGACGAGGAGGAGGAAGAAGAGGGGAGGGAGGAGGAUAAAGCAGAGGACGGAGGAACAGAGGAGGACGACGCAGCAGCAACUGCGCUCCUCGCCAAGGCUGACGUGUCCCUCUCUGCCACUGCCACGUGUGACUCCUUUGCUGACCUGGCACUGGCGCCAUGGCUGGUUGCCACGUGUCACGAGAUGGGUCUGCGCCAUCCCACCCCAGUGCAGUGUGCGUGCAUCCCCCCCGUCGUUGCGGGGAGCAACGUGAUUGGUGUGGCUCAGACCGGCAGUGGGAAAACGGCUGCUUUCGCCCUGCCCAUUCUGCAGAAACUAGCCGAGGAUCCCUAUGGGGUCUUCGCGCUCGUCCUCACGCCCACCAGGGAGCUGGCUCUGCAGAUCGCCGACCAGUUCCGCGCUCUGGGGUCGUCGCUGUCUCUGCGCUGCGCUAUUGCUAUCGGCGGGGGUGACAUGGUGGAGCAGGCUAUGCAGCUAGCAAGUCGGCCGCAUGUGGUGGUGGCAACGCCGGGGCGAUUGAGGGAGAUGCUGCAGCAGGAGGCGAGCAUGGGGCGAAUCUUCAGCAACCUGCAGGUGCGCGGGUGGGUGCGGUUUGCAUGGGUCAGGGUCGGUUGGGUAGUUUAUUCUACUGCUGGUGAUGCUAUUGCUCCCUUGUCGGUGCUCGCUUUCCCUCCCCCCUCCUCCUUCUCUUGA